AUGAGGUACUUAAUCUACAUCAAGAAAAGUUGCAAACAAUUAAAAACCCCACUAACAAAAACCAGUCACUACCCAACCAACACCACCCUCCACCACCCGUCACCACCACCCACCACCCACUACCAUACACCACCACUCAUCACUACUGACGACCACCACUCAUCACCACCACCCCCACCCAUCACCCACCAAAACAACCACCUGCCACCACCAUCACUACCUACCUUCACCACCCCCAACCACCUCAAUCACCCAUCGCCACCACCUCCACCAACCAAAACCACCACCCAACCAACAGCGACCACCACCACUACCUACCACCCACCACCACCUCCACCACCCGUCACCACCACCCCCACUCAUCACCCACCAAAACCACCACCUGCCACCAACAUUGCCACCACCUCUACCCACCUCAAUCACCCAUCGCCAGCACCCACCACCACCACCAACCACCACCCACCACCACCACCACCCAUGACCACCAUAUGUCACCACCACCACCAUAUGUCAAAACCACCUCCACCCAUCAGUUUUUUGGCUAAGUUUUGCAUUAGAAUCAUUACCACAAAUAGCGUUGACUAUUUAAAAGAACAGUUUUUUUUAUAA